AUGGCGCAGCCGGAGGCCCUCUCGCUCGCGGGCCGGCGGGUGGCGUUCACGACGCCUCAGACCACCGGCGGGGGCGGCGGGGAAGGAUACGGCGGCCGGCUUGGCGCGCUGCUGCGGCAGCGCGGCGCGCACCCGCUCCCCGUGCCUACCAUUGCCAUCCGCGCCCACGAGCCCGACCGCCUCCGCCCCUACCUCCUGCCCGGCGCUCUCGACCCCUUCACGGCGCUCGCCUUCACAUCCCGCUCCGGCAUCGCCGCCUUCUCCCGCGCCCUCCCCUCCUCCUCCUCCUCCGCCCAGCUUCCCCUCUCCGACGCCGCCUCCGCGCUCCCCUUCACCGUGGCGGCACUCGGCAGCGACGCCGACCUCCUGGACGGCGCCUUCCUUGCCAGGCUCUGCCGCGACGCCGGGAGGGUGGCCGUCCUCGUCCCGGACGUCCCCACCCCCGCCGGCCUCGUGGAGGCGCUGGGGCGCGGGUCCGGCCGCCGCGUGCUCUGCCCUGUCCCCGACGUCGACGGGCUCCGCGAGCCGCCCGUCGUGCCCGACUUCCUCGCCCGGCUCGACGCGGCCGGGUGGACGGCCGUGCGCGCGCCGGCGUACACCACGUGCUGGGCCGGCCCGGGCUGCGCCGAGCGGCUGGUGGCCCCGGACGCCGCCGCGCCCGACGCCAUCGUGUUCACCAGCUCGGCCGAGGUGGAGGGGCUGCUCAAGGGGUUGGACGCCGCCGGGUGGAGCUGGCCGCGGCUCAGGGCGCGCUGGCCGGACAUGGUCGUGGCCGCGCAUGGGCCGGUCACCGCCGAGGGCGUCAGGAGGCUCGGCAUUGAGGUCGACGUCGUGAGCUCGAGGUUUAGCAGCUUCCAUGGGGUUCUUGAUGCUCUCGCUGCAACAUUUUGCUCUCAACAAUUUAAAAUUAGCUCCAGGUUUAGUGCUGGUUCACAUUGA